UGGACUAUGGGCUCGGGACUCCAGCAAACGAAAGAGAGUGCACAGCAUCUUCCCAUGGAGAAAGGAAGAAGAGAGAUGGUGAUCUCAGCUCUGCAAUUCGCCUGCACCGAUGAUGUCUCUACAAAUGUCGCCACAGCCGAGAGAGCUGCUUGUGAGAAGGGUGCCAACAUCAUUCUCAUUCAGGAUGCAGCAGCUUGCAAAAGAGUUGGGCGUAGUGAUACCAGUGAGUUUCUUUGAAGAGGCAAACAACGCUCAUUACAAUUCGACAGCAAUAAUUGAUGCCAAUGGUGAGGAUCUUGGACUCUCUAGAAAAUCUCAUAUCCCAGAUGGUCCAGGGUACCAGGCGAAGUUUUACUUUAAUCCGGGAGACACUGGUUUCAAGGUUUUCCAAACUAAGUUUGCCAGAAUUGGAGUUGCAAUAUGCCGGGAUCAGUGGUUUCCAGAGGCAGCUCGAACUAUGGUACUGCAAGGAGCGGAGAUGUUGUUCUACCCUACUGCUAUUGGUUCUGAACCUCAGGAUGCAGGACUCGAUUCUCGUGACCACUGGAAACAAGUAAUGCAAGGGCAUGCUGGAGCUAAUUUGGUACCUGUGGUGGUUUCAAACCUCAUAGGAAGGGAAAUAAUUGUGACAGAACAAGGAAACAGUGACAUCACAUUCUACGGGAAUUCCUUCAUAGCAGUGGCAGCUUCUGAUGACAAGGAAGAAGCCGUUAUUGUUGCAAAAUUUGAUCUGGAUAAACUAAAAUCUACGAGGCAUGGUUGGGGGGGUUUUCCGUGACCGACGUCCGGAUUUAUACAAGGUCCCUUUGACAUUAGAUGUAUCAGAUUAGAACCAGACGACCAGACUUAGUAAUGGAAAUGCGGAGCUUCAGUGCAAAUGCUUUGGGGGGAGUCCAAGUGUCUGGUGGGCAUCUCUGGUCAAACAUGGACAUGAGCCGCUUACUCCUGUAUUUGCCAGAGAUUGUUUGUUCAGCUGGCAAGUUUAAGGAGCAGAAAUUUCUGGAAGAAAACUUCCAUGGAAUCACUGUAUCAUAGGUCAUCUUCUGAUCAUUUUCUUGUUUAUGCCAGCACAAUGCAUCGCUACACUGCUGAAUCGAUGCUCGUCACUGUCACAGUUGCAGGAUACAGUAUGGUUGACAUGGUCAGAUGAUGAGCUAUAGAGAAAAUUGCCAGGCACAAAAGAACUACAAAGAAAGAAAGGUUAUUGAAUCAUAGCUUCAGGCGUCCAUCUUCUCUACAAGCAUGAAAGAACUCGGGAGUUGGAAUCCUCAUCUCCUUCAGAACAAACCUGCCAUCUUCCCUGUAAGACUUGAAGCAAACCCAAGGCUUCCCACUCUCUCCAAUACAAGAAAUUGGA